UACCGCGCGAACACUCCGCGCAAGCGCGCGCGUUCCAAAUUCAAAUGUGCUUAGCUGUUUUGAAGCGAUUACAGUGACAUAGAUAAAGUUGUGUUUUUUUUUUCUUAAAAUAUUUUGUGUCUUUUUUAAGUUUGUGUGACGGCGAUUGAUUUCUACGGCCAAAGAACCAUGCAAAUGUCAAAACCUUCGCUAGAUAAAAUAGAAAACUAUCUUCUCAAUUGGAAUUGAGAUGAAGUGGUCUUUCGGAAGGAAGGAAAUUGGCAACCAUCAAGGAUGUUAAAGUACUAAACAUACAAUUUUUGGUCUUUAGAAAAGCAAUGGCUAUAGGAAACAAAGUUUAAUAUUACAGGCACUUACCAAACGUAACUAGAAAGUAUAAAAUGAUAACAAUAAGUUAAAUUUUAUAACCUAAAAACACACCCUAAACCUGUGAAAUACGUCACUCGAGAACCAAGCAGAUAAAUAUGUCAAAAUUAUAAGAAAGAGAGUGAUAGAAUAAAAAAUGUCAACGAGCAACGACCUGAAUGAUAUGGACUCGUCACCCAAACUGCGGAUGAAGCCUGCAGUUAGUAGAAUAUUUUGUUGCAGCGUAACCGCCGCCUCUGGAUUUAUUGCAGCUUAUGCUCUGGUGGCUUACGCGAUCGCGCUGAUCUACGAAAUCGUUUGGGUUGUUGAAUCUCAAAGCGGGCUGCCGGUCGCCUCCGCGCUACUCAUGAUCUGUUACUGCAUUGUCAUUGCUGCCACCGUCACCCUGGUGCAUGGACUUAUAUCUAAAAAUAACACAUACCUGUUGGCGUGGCUGAUAGCGGUUAUAUUGGUGCUGAUACCAGAAUGUGCGCUCGUCUUCUACAUGUCUAUAAGUCAUUGGGGUCUACAAGGUGUGUACGGCGGUGCGGAACUAGCGUGUUACGUGGCCCGUUUGCCGGCUAUUGUGUGUGGAGUGGUGCUUGUACAGUCUGCGUACGCACUCAGAGAGGCUAGGAAAUCAGGUUAUGUGAAUGGCGCCCCGGUGAGCGGCAGUGAGUUUGACGCCAGCCACUACGUGCCCGAAGCGCCCAGCGCAUUUACAAAUGAUGGCUUCCUGCCAGAUAAUGGUAAGUCUGGGUCGAUGCCCGACCUACGGCGUCACUUAGCAACGCGUCAAUCGAUGAACCACGGCUACCCUGUGGUACUACCGCAGCCGCCUCCUGCCUACUGGCAACAUUUAUCCGACCGACAGUACGCAGCCAGCCUGCGCGGCUACCCCAAGCAGUAUUCCUCGCCGCAGACAUACGGCACUUGGGUUGGACCCAGGUCCGGACACGAGAACCCAUACAAACGCAGACAUUCCGUAGUCGGCGCAUUCACCAAUGAUGAAUACCCGCCAAAAAGCUACGAUCAAUACGAUGACAGAAUGGAUUGCAAGAGCGAGAUCGCAUACCCAUAUUAUCGACCGUAUCCAUACGAUCCAAGAAUGUACCCGGAUUUCGACCCACGAUUCUAUCCAGAUUUUAAACGGGAAGAGGCUGCUUACGGUGUUAAUUUGCUAAGACAUGAUCCUUAUCAGUUUAGUGGUUCGAGGGAAAGAGUAUUUUAUAAUGUACGUAAUAGCCACACGUCAGUUGGCAAUGAAUCUGAUGAUUUGACCAAGUACAAGGACGUUGCUUUGUAAAAUUAUACAUGAACUGGUGGAAAUCGAUUUAAAUGAAGUGUGAACAUUUCCUUUAAAGUAAAACUUUAUAGAAGGUCAAGUCAAGAUGUAUAUUUCAGGUUUAUCACUACUUUGUUCACAAAAGUUAUUGCGAUUUUUCGCAGACAUGCAGGUCUUACAAUAUAAUUAUUUAAAGUACGAAUACUUUAUUGAAAACAAUAUUAGAAUAAUGACGCUUUCUAAGCAUCACAACAUGCAAAUUGCGUCGCCUACUUUAUAAUUGUAAAUAUAAAUUAUUAUGGUUUACCGUGGGUUUGCGUGACGAAAAUCCUAGUUUAAAAUAUCCUGUUAUCUCUGUUUUAACAGAAAUAAUGACAGGGAUGACGAUAUGUUUUAUACAGAGAUUUUGCUCUCAGAAACCCACGGUUAGUAUGAUAAGUAUUAUUGUGUAAAUGGCAGUACAUAUUUUGAAUAGUAAAAUGCAAGAAAUACAGACUUUAACUUUUUUAUAGGGAUAUUAGGUUUUGAAUACCCAUUUAAAAUCCAAAUGGCUAACCUUAAUUAUCCUCGAAGAGCGACAAACGUGAAAAUGUGACGUGAAAAAGAAAAAGUAAAGACGUUGUUGUUGGUUGCAUUAUAUUGCAUAGUAUUAAAUCGCGAGGGUAACUUCGUUGGUCUAGGACAGGGAUAACAAUAGACAAUAUUUUGAACACGUCACGAAUCACAAAAGACUAUGCGCGACGAAAAAAAGUGCGAAUACCUACGUAUUACUUUUAUGUGGAACAAAUGACAGUGAUCCCUAUACUUCAGAAUGUUGCCAAUCACAAAAUCAAAAGGAUUUGAUGGCACUUCUAUGACCUCAUUGACCAUUUUAGAAAAAUGGCAGUUUGAUAUGUACAUCCCUGCUAGAAUGAAUAAUAAGUUAAUAAGAGUAAGCUACCUAGCAUUUUUUUUUCAUUUAUCUAGCUUUUAUCAGAUAUAAAUGACAAACUACGCUAAAUAAGUAUAUCCACUAAAGAAUUUUAUGCACUUUUUG